GAUUGGAAAAAAGAUUGUCUCAAAAUUGCAGGACGAAUUAUGAAGGAUUUUAAGACAAAAAUGACAUGCGAUGUCAUAAUGCCUUUGGCCAAAGCGAAUAAGGUGAAGGAGCUCGCAAUUCCCCCCAAAAACCAUCCUGAAAUUGAUCAAGAAGAUUGAGUAAAAUUUGUUGCGAGUCGUCUAACACCUGAACAUAUGGCUUUGAGAAAGGCACAAUCUGACCGAGCUUGCCAGAAUACAUCAAGGCACCACUCAGCUCGUAGAGGCAUGGUGACUCUCCGAGAGGAUGUGAAAAAAGAAAUCAAAAUUCAAGAUCCAGCCCGCCAUCAUGUUUGGUUAAAAUCCCGCAAGAAAAAUAAUGUCCUAGUUACGGACUUGGAUAGGGAGAUUGCCGCAAGAAUAGCUGAACUCGAGGAAAAAGUAAACUCAGGUGAAGUUUUGGCCAGUGGUCGGAAUGACAUAUUGACUCAAGCAUUAGGGACACCUGAGCACCCUAGCCGGGUCAGAGCUGCUGGGUUCACUGCAAAGGCCAGUAAGAUAUUUGGUCGAAAGAAAAGGGCUAAAUGUAGUGAAUCAUCCUCCCAAAAACAAGAAAUUCUUCAACUCAAAAAAGAAAUUGAAGAAUUGAAGAAAAAACUGUAUGCUGCACAAGAACAAGAUGAUGGUAAUGACAACUCCUCAGAAGAAAAUGAUGAUCACUUAGAUGAUCAUCAGGAGUUUGGAGGGUACGAAGAUGAUAAUCAGACACCUCCUGUCAUGUACAACUUCUCAUCCACUAAUAACAACGAAGUACUUUUGUGUUCAGACAACAUCCAUAAUAUAGUGGCCAAAGGUGUGCUUCUGGAAUCUGUUAGUCCAGUAACAAUUCAUACCGUGCAGUAUAAAGAAGGGAUUGCACGAGUUUUAAUUACCGAACAACUUCAAGAGGAGGCUGAAAUUGCUCAUCCUAUCGAAAAUAUCCGAUAUGUCUAUGAGACAAAGGACACAUUUCUUCCUUGGCCAAAACAUUUAAUUUUAAAUUUGGAUAAGGUUCCCAUAUUCCCGGAUGUCGCAUCCACCCAUAAAUCAUCGUCAAAGGGGAAGCAGAUAGCAACCCCUCACAGAUCACCAAAUCAAGGGAAACAGAUAUCAACUCUUCCUGUUAUGUCUUCGGCUGGAUCACAAUCAAAUGUCAGGAUAGAUCAAGUGGACAAGAAUGCAACAUUCAAGUCGGAGGAGGAAAGGGAAGUGGAGCGUUUUUGA